GGCGGGGCUCAACCACUUCCCAGGGGCCGCGCCGCCGCCGGGCAGAAGCGGUAGCGGAAGCGGCGCGGAAUCACCGGGGCCUGUAGGCUUGGAAAGGCAUCGAGCCGCCACCUGAUCGCAGGCUGCGUUGUGUCAUCGGUUCCGCAGGCGCUAUGAGCCAGGACACCGAGGUGGAUAUGAAGGAGGUGGAGCUGAAUGAGCUAGAACCGGAGAAGCAGCCGAUGAACGCGGCGUCGGAGGCGGCCAUGGCCAUGGCGGUGGCGGGCGCCGAGAAAAACGGUCUGGUGAAGAUCAAGGUGGCCGAAGACGAGGCGGAGACGGCGGCCGCGGCCAAGUUCACUGGCCUGUCCAAGGAGGAGCUGCUGAAGGUGGCGGGCAGCCCCGCCUGGGUGCGCACCCGCUGGGCGCUGCUGGUGCUCUUCUGGCUCGGCUGGCUCGGCAUGCUGGCGGGCGCCGUGGUCAUCAUCGUGCGGGCGCCGCGCUGUCGCGAGCUGCCCGUCCAGCGGUGGUGGCACACGGGCGCCCUCUACCGCAUUGGCGACCUUCAGGCCUUCCAGGGCCGCGACUCGGGCAACCUAGCCGGUCUGAAGGGGCAUCUUGACUACCUGAGCACUCUGAAGGUGAGGGGCUUUGUGCUGGGCCCAAUUCACAAGAACCAGAAGGAUGAUGUCGCUGAGACCGACUUGCUACAGAUCGACCCCAGUCUUGGCUCCAAGGAAGAUUUUGGCAGUCUCCUGCAAUCGGCCAAGAAAAAGAGUAGGUGUCCUGGGCUUCCCAAGGAAGCAGCUACUAAGGGCUUGGCCUUCUGGCCAGAGGAAGAGCAAGAUAGGACAUUUGUCUGGUUUACUCCUAACUGGCUCAGUUUUCCUAGGGCAGGUACAAGGGAAAAUGCUCUGGAGUUUUGGCUGCAAGCUGGUGUGGACGGGUUCCAGGUUCGGGACGUGGAGAAACUGGCGAAUGCAUCCUCAUUCUUGUCUGAGUGGCAGAACAUCACCAAGAGCUUUGGCGAAGAUAGGCUCUUGAUUGCAGGGACUGACUCCUCCAGCCUUCAGCAGAUCUUGAGCCUACUUGAAUCCACCAAAGACCUGCUGUUGACUAACUCAUACCUGUCAAAGUCCGAUUUCACUGGGGAGCGAACAAAAGCCCUAGUCACCGAGUAUUUGGAUACCAUUGGCAGUCACUGGUGCAGCUGGAGUUUGUCCCAGGCGGGGCUCAUGACUUCCUUCUUGCCGGCUCAGCUCCUCCGACUCUACCAGCUGCUGUUCUUCACCCUGCCAGGGACCCCCAUUUUCAGUUAUGGGGAUGAGAUUGGCCUGCAGACAGCUGCCCUUCCUGGACAGCCUGUGGAGGCCCCAGUCAUGCUGUGGGAUGAGUCCAGCCUCCCGAACAUGCCAGAGUCCAUAAGCGCCAAUGUGACUGUGAAGGGCCAGAAUGAAGACCCUGGCUCCCUACUUUCCCUGUUCCGGCGGCUGAGUGACCAGCGGAGUAAGGAGCGCUCCCUGCUGCAUGGGGACUUCCAUGCCCUGUCCUCUGGGCCUGGACUCUUUUCCUACAUCCGCCACUGGGACCAGAAUGAACGUUUCCUGGUGGUGCUCAACUUUGGGGGUGUGAACCUCUCAGUAAAGCUGGGGCCCUCCAACCUGCCUGCCAGCGCCGGCCUGCCAGCCAGGGCUAACCUCCUGCUCAGCACCCGGCCAGGCCGUGAGGAGGGCGCCUCCCUUGAGCUGGAACACCUGAACCUGGAGCCUCACGAAGGGCUGCUGCUCCACUUCCCCUACGUGGCCUGACCGGGACCCACUACCCUUGCCCUCCCCUCCCCAUCCCAGGCCCUUUGGGUUCUGGUUUUUUUCUUCCUAUAUUUUUUUAACUGUUGCAGAUUACAGAUGAACCCCAAAUAGGGUGUUUUCUGCCUUCAAAUAAAAGCCACCCCUGCCUGG